GCAUAUUUCGCUAAUAGUUGGUUCUUCUACUUAUUCACAACUCAGCGUUAUUUCGUGACACCCAGUUUAGUUUAGCGAUAUUCUUACUUUUGUGCCGCUGUUAAAUUCAAGAGCAAAAUGGCGAGACGCUAUGAUUCCAGAACCACUAUUUUUUCGCCCGAAGGGCGUUUGUAUCAAGUGGAAUAUGCUAUGGAAGCUAUAUCACAUGCCGGUACAUCGUUGGGCAUACUAGCAAAUGAUGGUAUUCUGUUGGCCGCUGAACGUCGUAAUACAAACAAACUGCUUGAUAAUGUAGUUUUCUCCGAGAAAAUCUACAAGCUGAAUGAUGAUAUGGUUUGCUCUGUGGCUGGCAUCACUUCUGAUGCAAAUGUUCUUACGAAUUUGCUUCGCGUCAUUGCUCAACGCUAUCAACUGGGUUACGGCGAAGGAAUGCCAUGCGAGCAGCUUGUUUCCCAUCUGUGUGACGUCAAGCAAGCGUACACCCAAUACGGCGGAAAACGGCCUUUUGGUGUUUCUAUUCUGUACAUGGGAUGGGAUAAACAUUACGGAUAUCAGUUGUAUCAAUCUGAUCCCAGUGGAAAUUAUGGUGGUUGGAAGGCUACUUGCAUUGGAAACAAUUCAGCGGCCGCGAUUUCCGCUCUGAAGCAAGAAUUGAGCGAUAGUGACAUCACGUUAGCCCAGGCACAGGAUUUGGCAGUAAAAGUGCUCUCAAAAACGCUCGACAUGACCAAGCUCACAUCAGAAAAAGUUGAGAUGGCUAUUCUGACUCGAGAAAAUCAUAAAACAGUUAUAAAAAUACUGUCUAGUGGAGAGGUAGAUGCAUUGAUUUCGAAGUAUGAAAAGGCUGAAGCUGAAGCAGAGGCGAUCAAGAAGGAAAAAUUGGGACAGAAAUCCUAAGUUACAUUUGCCACUCCAUUCCGGAAGGUAUGUUGAAGUGAGGUGUGAAGGAUAGCAUGUAAAUGGUUCAAUAAACUCACCAUCAA